GGGCACAUCAAAUGAGUGAUGCAAUGGUAGGAAGUCAAGUCCUGUCAAGUACGAUGGGGAAUAAUACGACAGACGACGAUCUCGAUCUCGAUACUGUUGAGAUGCUUUACGUGAUAUGUCUAGUAUUAAUAUUAACUUUUGGAACUGUCGGCAACAUUCUCAUCAUUACAGCUGUUGUUGUUUGUAAAUCGCUUCGGACUAAAUGCAAUGUUUUUAUUUUAAACUUAGCUAUUGCCGAUUUAUUCGUUGCUACUAUUUGUGGUAGCGGAUAUAUAAUUGGAUAUUUAACUAGAGGCAAAUUUUACAGAAAUUAUAAAAUUGCAUGCGAAUUACUUGGAGCUCUUGUUGUUGUAAGCUGUAUUUGUUCAUUAUGGAAUAUUAUGGCAAUCGCAUUAAAUAGGUAUUUGUUUAUUUGCAGGCGUCGGCUUUAUCAUCGUUAUUUUACUUGGUGCAAUUCCAUUCUAUUAGCGAUAGCAAUAUGGUUCCUGGCAAUCGUAGUAGAUUUCGCUAAUGUCUUCGGAUGGGGAGGUCAUAGUUUAAAUGACAAACAUUUCGGAUGCACAUACGAUCAGAAAUCAUCAUACGGUAGUCUAAUUUUCCAAGCUUUUUUGGGUUUCACCAUACCUACUGCUGGCAUAAUAUUUGCUUACGUCGGGAUUUAUCUGAGAGUGCGGUCCAGCACCCGUGAACUGAUGAACGUGGCGGACAGUGAGAGAAGAGACUCGAAAAAAUUACCAAAAAACAGACCAAAGGACUGCGAGAUUUUGAAAACUGUGCUCUUCAUAUUUAUCAUAUUCCUCAUAUGUUGGAUGCCAUUUAUGAGCCUCGUUAUGUUUGAUCGAAAUAUGAAUUGUAGCAAAUACAUCUACAUGUAUUUUAUUGUGUUAGCUGAUAUGAAUAGUUGUCUUAACGGCGUGAUUUAUGGCGUUAUGAAUAAACGAUUCCGGUUGGCGUACGUCUACAUAAUAACGUGCGGAAAAUCGGAUUCAAGGCAGCAGGUGAAACUGAAACAAUUCUCUACAACUACAGCUUAUUCCGUAAAAGUCACGACCUCCAAUAUUAAUGGUACCAACAAAAAAUCAUGAGAUGCUUUAGGACGAUCAAAUCAACUUAUCCGCCGGACAAUGGAACUAACAUCAGGUUCACAUAUAGACCAACCACUCGAAUAUCACUUUUAUAAAUAGGCUAAAUAUAACUAUAAUCUAAAUUCGUUUUAGUAAGAAAGAAAAUAUUUUAUUUAAUACAGGCCUAAUCAGCAUAUGUGCAAUCAUUUAAUUACAUUUCUAGUAGAUAAUUUUCAAACUCACCAUCAGACCUAAUAUUGCAUUAAUUUGUGCAUCUCAUUUAUUGUGCUGAAUCAUUAUUGUCAUUACCAUUAUUAGACUUAUUGUUAAUUAAUAAAAUUAGGGUUUCGAUGGAGCUUUUUGCUUUCAACUUAUAUUUCAUACUAGAACUUAAAGGCUUGUCCAGCCAUGUUUAAAGGCCAACUCAGACAGCGUCGGUCGACGCAGCCCGACCCGAUUUAUCGUCGGGGACAGUCUUAAGCCGUCGUGAGAAAUAUAUAAUAUGUUUAAUAUUCUACGACGCGAUGCCCCCGACGCACACCAUCGCUCACACAGACCCGACGCGACAACAAAUCGCGUCGGGCUGCGUCGUACGUCGCUGUCUGAGUUGGCCUUAAGUAUGGUAAAGAUGACGUCACAUCGUGACCAUUUUAUACGCACAUUAUGACUGUAUACAAUAUAUGGAUAUACAGCAGUUUUUUGCUAAAAUAAAUUUGAUAGUGUUGAUCUUAUCAAGAGCUUCGGUAGCCAUUUUGAGAUAUAUAGAUAGGCUGUGAAAUUAGGAUAGAAAAUAUUUUAAUAUUAUUACGCCUAUUAUAUUUAAAAUGGCAUCAUAAUUAGGAUGAGCCUUAUUUCAAAUACACCAAUGAUAGUAAACUAAUAGUGAUGAUAAUAAUUACAAUAUAUUGAAAGGUUAACAUUAUAUAGGCCUGUGCACAGAAAGAAAGGAAAUAUUAGCAUUAUAUAAUAUAAUAUAGUAUUAUGG